CAACCUUCCAGGAAGUGCAAGCUGUACCAGUAAAGCGAUAUGUGCAGCCUGGAAUAAAUAUAAAAAAAGAUAUAAAAAUAUGAAAUUACUGGUCUUUAUGUUAGUAUGGUAAACUGUUGAGUUAUAAAGUGGAUCUCGAGCAGGGAAAUGCCUUUGUUUGUUCAAAAAAGAGGAGUUGACUGCUUAAACUCGUCAGCGGAACUCUUCGACAGAUACCCACAUUUGCAGGAAAAUGCACGAGCAUUUCGUUCCAAGCCAUUCGUUGACGUUGACCCAAAGUGCCUCCUGUACGUCCAACAAAGAGAAUUUGCUGCAACAACGCCAGCAGACAAUUGUGUUUCAGUCAUUGGAUCUGAUGAUGCCACCACCUGCCAUUUGGUCGUGCUGCGACACACCGGUAGUGGAGCUGUUUGCAUUGCUCACUGUGAUGGCUCCAGCACCUGGUCUGAAGUCCCGCUCCUUGUGAAAACUGUCACAUCAUUGAGUAACGUCAGUAAGGAGGGCAGACUUGAGCUCCAUCUUGUCGGGGGAUUUAACGAUGAGUCGAAGACAUCUCAUAAACUCAGCCUUAGCAUAUUGGCAGCCUUCCAGAAACAGAAAGAAGAUAUUCAUCUGGAAACAUGUUGCAUCACAGAAAUGAAUGACGUUGUUGUCGAGGGAACUAACAGACCCGUAAUAUAUGGGAUAGGUGUAAAUGUUAAAACAGGAGAAGUGUUCCCUGCCUCAUUUCCUCAGAAAGGACCUGCAGAGGAGCUGCGUUCAGCACGGACCUUCACUGGGGGACAGAUGGCUGAAAUAUACGACUCAAGCCGAGGACUUGUUAAAAUCGGCCCUUGCAAGUGGUCUCCAAACCUGGAUAUUGCCUUCUGGUUGGCACAAGAUGAUGAUACAAUCUUAAAGUACCUGUCCACCUCUCCAAUGGCUGAACCGCCCCACUUUGUCCAGCACAUGAAGUCCACCAUCCAGUUCCUUUUACAUCACCCCAACUCUGACAGUCUGUUCCCCGGGGGUCAGCCACAGCUCUACCACAGGACUGAGCGGGGGGACUGGGAGAGGGUUGUGCAGUCGUAGAGCCCCGGUCCCUCCUUCCAAUAAUUCUUAACAAGGAACCUGACUGUUUUUGCCUCUCAGCUUAAUGGAUACACUGUGACCCAUCCGCCCGCUGUCUGUUUUAUGUUCAUUGUGUCUUAACGUGGGGGUUUACCCCUGACUGGAUCUUACGUGUGAUGAAUGGCUCUCCUUACUCAUCUGGCUGGCCCAGUAGAGAGAGUAAAUGAAGUACAAGUGAUUCUGCUCAUGCCUGUUACAGUUUCUACAGUGGUAUAAAGUCUGCACCUUACACCACAUCCUGUGUUGCAGCAAGUCAAAGCUUCAGUGUUUUGAUUGACUGGGCAAAUUAUUAACAUUGUUGUCUUAUGUCCAGUUAAAAGACUGUACUUAUUAUUUUGUACAUUUUUAGCCCAUUAACUACAACUGCUGGUCUUUUUCCACAGUUUUUAUAUUGAUUUCCUACUUUACAUGCUGCCAUUGUUCUCUUUAUACCUGUACAGAUUGAAAAUCAACUUGCAAAAUUCAAAUUUCAUUUAAUUCCCAUUAUAUUUUUUUCAGCCACGUACUAUCUGUUGCUGUUUUGCCAGAAAAUCAAACCUUAUCUAUCUCAAGCAAAUUUCAUCCUAUGAAAAGAUCUUACAAACAAUACAUUUUUUGGGUAUGAAAUGAAAGAUCUUUCUAAAUAUAUGCACAAUAUGUAGUUAAUGGGCUAAAACAUUUAAAACCAUCUGUAUGGCCCUUUUUAAAUGUAGAGUUUGGCCUAAUGAAAAUACCAUAAGGAAUAAAUGUGUUUUGACACUUUGUUCAACACAUUGAAGAGAAUACAAAGUACUCGACUCUGCUCUGCUGAGACACUGAGCAAACAAAAGCACCUUCCUGAUGAGUGGAAUAUGAAGCUUCAUCACAUGCUCUAGAUACUGCUGUAUACUCGGCUAUGAAUGUGUGUUUAUCUGCAUGUUUAAAUGUGUACAGUGCUCUUCUGCAAGGAUGGGUUCUUGACAAAUGCAACAACAUAUGAUGUUAUUAGUUUCGUCUUUCUUUUUUUUUCUUUUUCAAACCGUUAAAAAAUUAGAUUUCUGAGCAACAUCUAAUACGGGAUAAGGCCUUUUAAUCAGUUGUGUUAAGGUUGCAAGGUGCUUAAAGCAUUCAGUGCAACUUGUUGCAACUUGUGAACAAACUGUACCUGAUGUGAAAUAAAU